UAGGAAGAUUCCCCACUGCCCUGACACACACACAUCCCCCCAUGGUGGAGGAGCGACAGGUUGCACAUCCCCGGGCACAAGUUUAGUUAAGGCAGCGAAGGGGCGGGCGUUGUGACUGAGAGAAGGGGCGGGGUGAUGUGGGCUUGAGGCAGUCCCGGCAUUGGUUGGAUGUUGGGAGCAGUGAGUGGGUUAGUAGGGGUGUGUGGAUGUAGCUCCCUGACUCGGGAGAAGGGGAAGAAGCUGAGGGAAGAGUGGGGGAGAGAGAGCGCAUGCCGUCGGCCGAUAAAGUGUGCGAUCCUCCUCCUCCGCCGCCCACAGCAGGAGAGCUUCGCCUUCCAGACUCUCGUCCUCCCCGGGAGAGUGUCCAGCUGUCAGCACUGAUUCAGCCGCCGGGAUCCGCUUGUCUGUUCUCCCCUGAAUGACGGGCGGACGUUUCGAUUUCGACGAUGGCGGCACUUACUGUGGCGGCUGGGAGGACGGCAAGGCUCACGGGCACGGCAUCUGCACCGGCCCCAAGGGACAAGGGGAGUACUCGGGCUCCUGGUCUCACGGCUUCGAGGUAGUGGGCGCCUACACCUGGCCCAGCGGCAACACCUACCUGGGCUACUGGGCUCAGGGCAAGAGGCACGGGCUGGGUGUGGAGACCAAGGGCAGGUGGAUUUACCGAGGAGAAUGGUCUCACGGCUUUAAGGGGCGCUAUGGGGUCCGGCUGAGCAUGAGCACCCCGGCUCGCUACGAUGGGACGUGGAGUAACGGACUGCAGGACGGAUAUGGGGUCGAGACGUACGGGGAUGGAGGUACAUACCAAGGACAAUGGAUGGGAGGAAUGAGACAUGGAUAUGGUGUGCGCCAAAGUGUUCCCUACGGCAUGGCUACAGUGAUUCAUUCACCUUUAAGAACCUCUUUGUCUUCAUUACGAAGCGAGCAGAGCAAUGGCACUGUGCUACAUGAUAUAGGAGUAGACGGCCCAGUAGGAUCACGGGGAGGCUUUGUCUUGAAUUUUCACAGUGACUCAGAAUCGGUGACUGGUAAGAAAAAGGGCUUGUUCAGAAGAGGGUCACUUCUUGGUAGCAUUAAACUAAGAAAAUCUGACUCUAAGAUCUCCAUAUCCAGCAAGCGCAGUUCGGUGAGGAGCGAUGCCGCAAUGAGUAGAAUUAGUUCAAGUGAUGCCAACUCAACCAUUAGCUUUGGAGAUGGAGAUUGUGAUUAUUGUCCUGUGGAAGAUCACGUUGAUGCCACAACAACAGAAACCUACAUGGGAGAGUGGAAGAAUGACAAACGCACGGGGUUUGGUGUUAGUGAGCGUUCAAAUGGCAUGAAGUAUGAAGGUGAAUGGCUAAAUAACAGAAGACAUGGAUAUGGAUGUACCAUAUUUCCAGAUGGCACAAAAGAGGAAGGAAAAUAUAAAAACAAUGUCUUAGUUCGUGGAAUAAGGAAGCAACUUAUACCAAUAAAGAACACAAAAACAAAGGAGAAAGUUGACAGAGCUAUAGAGGGAGCUCAGCGGGCAGCAGCAGUGGCAAGGACAAAAGUAGAAAUUGCAGUUUCAAGGACAGAGCAUGCUCGAGCUAAAGCUAAUGCGGCUGAUCAGUCGAGCCAAGCUGCACGACAAGAAUCCGACAUUGCAAGAGCCAUAGCAAGAGAGCUUUCUCCAAGCUUCCGCCAGCCAGGACCGGAUUACGUCAAGCAGAAGUUUCAGGAAGGGGUGGAAGUCAAAGAAAACGUUGAAGAAAAAAUUCCCCAGAAGCCCGCUCCAAAAGAGUCACCACAUUUUUACAGGAAAGGUACGACCCCUCCACGGACACCAGAAGAAAAAAGGAAACCAGCUUCCCCGCCGGCCCCCAAACAAUCAGAAGCGAAAAAUUAUAAUUCAGCAUCUGCUAACCUAAACAAAAAAAGUUCCUCAGUUGAGCAGCUACCUGUCUCAUCCAAUAAACCCUUGCCUGUCAAAGCACCCGUCAAAGAAGAGGUCUUCACAUCACCUCCACCAAAGUCAUCGUUUGCUCCAAAUCCAAGCAGCACUGGAAAUGGGCAACUGCAUGCCGACUACCAUGGAUACUUGGUAAAAGUAAAUCCGUCAUUGACUUCAGACGACAAAGAAGAUUUAAUCCCCGCCAAGUCAUCAGCAUUAGCGCGUAUACCGCCAUCUCAGAAGCCGAGCCCCAAGAAGCCAGUGACUAAACCUGAAGCCAAAGAAAGCAAACCUGAGCCAAAAGUUAAGAAAGCAGAACCUGCGGCACCAAAGAAUCCAGCCAAUAAAGAAUCACUAUCUCCUGUAGAAAAUGAAGUCAACUCGAGACCCAAUUCUAUCAUGAUUGCCCUAGUCAUGCUGUUGAACGUUGGACUAGCCAUUCUGUUCGUCCAUUUUCUCACUUGAGUGGAAAAGCUGCACAAGAGUGUCAUUCAGAUAGCCAGAUGUGUUGGCACGCAAUUCCCGUCACGUGUCAUGAGCUGUUUCUAUGGCACAGUUCUAAUCCGACAAACUGGGAAAAAGAAGGCUUGGAUUUAGAGUUGGGAAGCAAGACCGUUCAAACUUGAAUAAAAAUAUCCGCCAGUGGGGCCUGUUCUGUUCUCUCCGUGAUGAUUUAUGGCUCUUGAGGGUCCCCUGCAAGAUAAGGUGGUCGCCAUGUUGGAAGACAAAACAAAUUGUGCUGAGAGAGCCUCCUCGGAGAAGAUGGAGGAGCCACCUGUUGUAGUAGAGUGUGACCGAAGUAGAAAAGUACAGAGCUGCACUUUUUCUUGAUGGAAGCUAACAGCUGCCUUACUAUUUUGCCGCCUGACGUUUAUGGAGUGGAGAUAGGAAAGUGACUGCCAGCGGAAUGUGGUCAGAGGAUUCGGUUGCUGUGGGUGCAUUUCCAGCGUUGACUCCAAUCUCAGAAGAAAUACUUAGCAGCAUCACUCACCAGUCUUAUUCCAUUACCUGCUGCUUUUAACAUCUCCUGCAGAGUUACUGGAAGAUAGAAUUUCAUUUGCUUGUGCAUGAUUAUGUUUAUUUCUGUGUUUGUUUCAAGCAGAUUGAUCGCCAUAACAGGCCGACCCAAGGGAAAGGAUACAGGAAAAAUAUUCUGCAGAGAUUCACAAGAAUGUCGCUUACCCCCUACAUAUCUCUCCAUUGCUUUUUUAACGGCUACAUCUAGGCUGUGUCUUUUUAUCCGUGCGAUGUUUGUCGUUUAGACCCUGUUUUGUUUCCUAGGCAGCAGCUUCCCUGGCAACUAAAAAUUACAUUGAAGUGCACUCAGCUCUAACGUCUCUUUUAGAGACAUCCAGUAAGCACUACUUUUAUAAGCCACUCAGCUGGUUUUGGUUCUGUUUCAGUAUGAGAGCUACAAUAUAUAUGUAGGUAUUUAUAUCAAAUUCUAUUUAGAUAUUGCAAAUCUAUGUGUGCCUAUGUGUGUGUAUACACUCGAAAAUAAACACAGGGAAUUGUAUAUAUUUAUACAACAACAUAGAUGUGUGUGUGUGUGUGCAUACAUAUUUUUACAGGUAAAUAUUUGUGUAAAUAAUGAGACAGACCCAUAACGUUCUUCCAAGUUUGUUUGUUUUUUUUUUUUUUUGAAAACUUUUAAAUAGAAGGAAACCUCUAUUAAAUGUUUUGUCUUAAAUAGAUUUUUUUUUUAAACCCCCUCGUGAUUGCAUUCAUUUUUCAGCCAUUGGCGUGGGUUUAUAUUAUUAAAAAGCAUGUUUGUAGACUUGCACACGGGGAGGCCCAUUUAUCAAAGAUCGAAUUUCAAAUUCAUGUGAAUUUUUUUUUAAAUUAGAUUAUAGUCACAAUUCGUCUGGUAUGUAAGAAUGAAUUGAAAUUGCUAGUACUGGAUCGAAUGGCUUUGACGCAAAAAUUCUAAUUGUAUUUGAUUUGUACGAAUCAAAUUUUUAUUUUAUAUUUUAGUUUAUUAACAUCUCCAAAUGGCUCAACAGACCUCUGCCAUUGACUUGUACAUGAACUCGACAGGUUUUAGGUGGUGAAUCUUCUAAUUGUUUCCAUGGUCGAGGGGUGAUAAAUCUCACAUCCAAAUUUACAUGUGAAUAGGUGGAAAAAAAUUAUAAUGUGUGACUUUUGAAACGCGAAAAUUUGGAUUCUAAUUUACUAUUCGACCCUUGAUAAAUCUGCCUCGUACAGUCUUUUCUGAAAACAAAAAAAAUCUAUAUUUUUCAGAAAAAGCGUUUUUGCGGAGAUUUUUUUCUAUUUGUUUUUUUUUUUGGGGUGGGGGUCGUUGAAUAUGUUUUCCAUUCUUAAGUAAAGUGCAUGGCUUAACGCAAGCACAGUCUUACUGGCAUGAGCAAACCUUCACUAGUUUCAUUUAUCAGCAUGGUGUGAAUGUUUUAAGACUAAACUAGUUUAAAGCAGGGUGUUCUUUUUGGCCGACGUGUUCUUGAAGUCCUUUGCUUGGAAUGGUGAAAAACAUUGAAAAAAAAAACAAACCCUGUUGUAUACUGUAUUUAUUAUAGAAAAUGUGUAUAGUUUUAGAAUUCAAACAAUAAAUUGUUUAGAGUUUUAUAUAGAAAUCUAUAUGACUACUCGUUUGCCUUCUCCAAGUGCUUCUCGGCAGGAAACACCCGAUUCCUGCAAGCGUCUCCCAUGGGUGCUUCUCCAGAGUCGAUGGGGAAACCACACAAAUGUUUAUAAGUGGGAUUUUAGCAUGUUAGCACAAUUUAUAUGUAGGAUUUAUAAAGCUUUUCUAAAAACAAAGCUGAAAACAGAAAUUGUGGGUAUUUUUCUAAUCUGUGCACAGCUGUAUUUUACAUAAAAAAAAGGUUAUUUAUAAUUGGUUGGAAUAUUGUACACUACUGUUUUUGGACAGCACCUGAAGACUGCCAAUGUAAUGUUGUCUAUUUAAGUUUCUUGCUGUGAAAGAAGAACCUUAUGUACAGAUUCCCUUAUUUAUAAUCCUAACCCAAAAUGUUUCACUUACAGUUUUUUUUUUAAACCGUAUCUGAUGAAAUAAAAGAGAUUCAAACA